ACCUGAACAUCCAUGAGGUCGAAGACCUUUGGUGCUGGGACUGGCACCAGGACACCAGGCUCCUCGGCUAUAAGAACACAGCCAGGGUGGGGGAGGUUUUUGCCAAAUUUUUCUCGGAGGGGCAGAGAAGUUUCUUCCUGCAGACAGCAGUGCUGGCCAUGCACGACCCCCUGCUGCGUGUCAGCCAGGCUGGGCUGCUCCUUACUUACUCCCUCCUGGGGCAAGCCCAGCAGCUGAUGGGGAACAAGCAGGAGGACGUCACGGCCAACAUAAUGAACCAACUUCACAUCAUCCGGCACUUGCGCCAAGUGCCGGAGGCGCUGCAGGAGUUCUGCCUCCAAGGCCACCAGCAACUCCUCCUCCCUCUAAACGGGGAGUGUAGUGAGACUGAGUGGCCUCCCUCUGAGCAGGAGAGCGAGGGCCCCUCUACACACCACUUGGAGGGCGCAGCCUAUAUCACCCCAGCCCCCUCGCCUGUUGGCUGCCCACCGGGGCCUCUGGUAGACUCUGUUGCGACUGAGCGGCCUCCCUCCGAGCAGGAGAGCGAGGGACCCCCUACACGCCACUUGGAGGGCGGAGCCUAUAUCACCCCGCCCCCCUCACCAUAAGGACCGGGGCGUGGCCGGAAACAUAAAAGGCCGGCCCUGCACCACAGCUGGGGGACAGCCGGCAACAGAGGAGGACACUUCGCCUGUUCUCUAGAGGCCCCUAACCCUAACCCCAACCCCAGACAUGGACGAGGACUGGCCCGGAGUACCCGCUGCGGUUUACCCCGAGGAGCCGGA